AUGGGACUUGUUAUAAGCAAAUUAUGGCGAGGCUUAAUGAGCAAAGAGGAAGUGAAGAUUGUUUUAGUAGGGCUGGAUAAUGCAGGCAAAACUACUGUGUUAUAUAAACUUUUAUUAAAUGAAGUUGUAACAACGACACCCACAAUAGGAAGUAAUGUUGAGGAAAUCAUAUACAAAAAUAUACGUUUCUUAAUGUGGGAUCUAGGAGGUCAGGAUACUUUGCGUGCUACAUGGCGCACAUACUAUGUGAAAACGAGAGCCGUGAUAAUGGUUAUUGAUAGCACUGACAGAGAUCGAUUACAUAUUUCUAGGGGGGAAUUGCAUGCUAUGAUGGAAGAUGAGAAUUUAAAAGGAGCAGUAUUACUGGUGUUUGCUAAUAAACAAGAUAUGAAUGGCGCGUUAUCAGCAGCACAAAUCUCCGAAUCACUUAAUUUAACCAGCUUACGCGAUAAGCAAUGGCAUAUACAGGCUUGUUGUGCAUUAUCAGGUGACGGUCUGUUUGAAGGACUGGAUUGGAUAGUCAGCCAAAUAGGAGGAAGCAAUAGCAGUUGA